UUCAAGAUGGAGUCACGGGUACACAUCAGUGUCUUUAAAAAAAAUAACACACCGCAGGUGACACGAUGCACGGUGUGCUGUACCGACCAUCAUUGUCCCCUUUGCCCCACUUCAAUAUACAAGCCCCGGUGUAGGGCAAAGGUUUUGCAGCACAUGGAGGUGCAUGUAAAGAAUGGCAUUCAACAUGAAGAUUUCUUCAUAACAAAAUGCCACUGGGCCUGCAGGAGUGGAAGCAGUGGUCACUUCCACUGCCCUUUCUGCCUCAAGACCACAAUAAAAAGGCAGGCUAUACUGAGGCAUUUGCAGAUCUGUAGGCCACCUCUCCAUGACGCCCAGUUGGACGCUGAUGCAGACUGCAGAGAGAUGGGCAUCAAUUCCCAGACAGAGGAAUGCAAAGCAGGAUCUGUGAACCUACCUCAUCUCAGCACUGACAAACUGCCUGUUCCGGUACAUGAUAGUGAAAUACAAGGACAAAGAGACCCAGCAAAGAGACCCCAAGACCCACCCAUGGACAACCCUCCCUGCAGUGUGAGCCGUGCAAAGUUGCCAAAUGUACUUUGUCCUCACUGUAAUGUGCAGUUCCGAAGAAAAAAUAUCAAGAAGCACAUUUACAGACAACACACAGAUAAAGCUGUCAGAGAUAUCACUGCAAAUUCCCAUCUAGAUGCUGUAUGCAUUGAUGAGAAGAAUGGUAUAUAUGCUGUGAAAAAGUUGUUUCUUGGACCUUUUAUGCCUCUUCAUGUCCAAAAGAAAACCUGGGGGAAAGAGCACCAAAUCAAGUGUGAGUCCAGAAACAUAGUUCUUGGCCCACCAGUUCUCAUCACAAGUCAAGCACAGAUUGUGUCUUUGACUGGUGUUCUGAAAGGUCUCAGCACUUACUGCAAAGAGUGUGGCCAAUGUGGGAUGCUUUACAGAUACCAGGAGUAUAAGGAUGGUUUGCAUAACUUUGAUGAUGGCGUCAUUUUGACCUUCAAUCUGUGCAUGUUCUUACGGAACUCACUCCAGCAUUGA